AACACUACUACUGCUGCGAGCUAUAUAUAUAUAUAUAUGCAUACUUCACGUAGCUUCGGGGUAUACCACCUGCUUAGAAUUCAGAAAAGAUGGCUACUCUUAAGCUCUUGUUCUCCCUUGUUGUUCUCACUUCCAUGCUCUCCAUUCAUCAUGCAUCUUAUUCUUCUUUUGAAGGUAGCGGCAUCAAUGUCCUUGAAUCCAAUAAAGUUAACCUCUCUCUGUACUAUGAAUCUCUAUGCCCGGCCUGUAGGAGCUUCAUUGUAGAUGAACUAGCAGCUGCGUUAUUUGAUCCCGACAAGGAUCUCAUAAGCAUUACCAACCUCAGGCUAGUUCCAUAUGGAAAUGCUCAUGUUCAAGCACCUAACCAGACCGUCGUUUGCCAGCAUGGCCCAGACGAAUGCUACUUCAACAGUAUAGAAGCCUGUGCAAUCGACCUCUGGUUAGACGUGAAGCAGCAUUUCGACCUCAUUCAUUGUAUUGAGAAGAAGCUCAGUGAUGAAGGGAUUCAAGAGUCAAAAGAACAAACUUGGCAAUCUUGUUGUGGAGAACUUAAGAUGGAUCCGGAUGGUUUGGGAAAAUGCUACAGCAGUGGAUAUGAGAAGCAGCUAAUACUAAGAGAUGCUAACGAAACAGACGACCUUGUUCCGCCUCAUGAGUACGUGCCAUGGGUUGUUGUUAAUGGACAACCGCUGAAGGGGGAUUACCAAAACUUUGUGAGCCAUGUCUGCGAGGCGUACAAAGACAGUCCAAAACCAAAGGCUUGUGCAUCACUUCCACAUACCAUGAACUCAGGUGGAGAGGCAAACUCGACACUCGAAGGAUGCUAUAAAGGUGACCGCGGGGGGAGCUCAUGAAACAUUUUAGUUUGAUCCAAUAUUAUGCAUGGUUCUGCAUCGAUCAUCCAUUAGUUCUCUUGGAAGCAAUGCUGGUCUACUACUAGUGAUCAUAAAAUAAAGGAUUAGCAUACUUAUAGUGUUCCAAGAUCAUUUACGUUUUGUUUGUUUGAAAAACUAUGAAUGAAACUCUUCAAUGAUCCGAAUGAUAAAUUCAGUUAUGUCU